AUGUCUACCGCCGGCUCUGUUACGCGCAUUCCUGACCCUGGCCGACCGUCUACCCAACUUCGGCCAGCUGCUCUGUACUAUCCAGACACUACGGCGACAUUCCAUGCCUCCGUGUUCAAAUACAACCACAACGAAUAUACUCAGACCUUGGUUGUCAACUGCGCCACUUCUUGUGGCUCUGAUGGCAUCCCCGAGCAAACCCUCACGGUUAAGAUUGAUAAAACAUUAUCAUUCGCUGGCAAUCAUGUUUUGUCAGGCAGUCGCACCGCCUGGGGGUUUGGAGCGACAGGUGGUCAGGACACCUCGUUCAGUUAUGCCGCCACCACAGUCAAGGACGGUGAAAAGUUCGACCUCCCAGUGAGUUCAACGGAGGUCCCAGCCUGUUUCGUGGCGUCACGCCUUCAAGUGGUCACAGUGACCACGGGCCUCGACAGAAUCUACGGCUGGGGUACCUACAACGAUAACUCCGACUUUAUGACAACAUGGAAGGAACGUGUAAUGUCUAGUCUCAGCUGCACUGCUUCUACAGAGCACAGCGCAACACAGACUGGGGGCACAUCCGCAUCUGGAGUCGUCGAGACGGGCUCAAAGACAACAACAGCUGGGGCAGCCACAGCAACGAAUUCUGAGGGUUCCAGUGGCCUACUGCAGGCACCAAUAGGCCUGUUGAUGCUUUUCUUAACCUCUCUCAUUUGGCUCACUGUCUGA